AGGCGGGUUGGGCGAUACCAUCUUAAGCAAGGGGUGGAGGGCGAUACCACUUUUAAGUACUGGGGGUGGCAACGAGUUGAGAAGGAAAGCGUGGCGGGGCUUGCCGUAAGAAUUGGGCUGUACUGGGCAGUCGUCCGUGUCUGCCAUGAGCGGCCCAGUGCGGACUGAGCCUCUGCUCGGUGAGACACCUCUGCUGGCGACCAGCGACUCCUACUCGGUGAUGGUUCUGCAGCGCGGCUUCGCGGAGCCGCACGGGGCGGGCGACGCGGUCCGUGCUGAUGGCACUGUGACCCUCGUCCUGCCCCGGGCCUGGACUUCGGGUUCCAGUCGCUCAAUGGCCCCGUCCGCAGACGGCGGCACGAAGACUGCCCUGGAGGAGGCGGUGCGUGGCCCCAUCCUCGUGGACACCGGGGGCCCCUGGGCUCGGGAGGCGCUGCUGGAAGCCCUCGCUAGGCAGGGCGUGGCCCCCGGAGACGUGACUCUGGUGGUGGGGACCCACGGGCACUCAGAUCAUAUCGGGAACCUAGGGCUGUUUCUCCGGGCGGCUCUGUUAGUGUCCCAUGACUUCUGCCUUCCCGGGGGCCUCUAUCUGCCUCAUGGGCUGUGUGAAAUGCAGCCCUUGAUACUAGGCUCCGGAUUGCAGGUGUGGGCCACGCCGGGCCACGGAGGACAGCGUGAUGUGAGCGUCGUAGUGGAGGGCACCAGCCUGGGCACCGUGGUGGUGGCUGGCGAUGUGUUCGAGCGCCUUGGGGAUGAGGACUCCUGGCAGGCCCUGAGCGAAGACCCAGUAGCUCAGCAGCGGAGCCGGGAGAGGAUCCUGGGUGUGGCUGAUGUGGUGGUGCCUGGUCACGGAGCCCCCUUUCGGGUGGUCAGGGAAGCAGUGAAGAGAACGGAAGAUUUGGUAUGUGAAGACAAGGAAGCUACUUAACUGGACUCCCAUCAGGAAAGUUCUUCCAGCGAGGAACUGGAGUCCAGGAGACCGAAAGGACACAGUCAGAGCAAGUCCCAUCAAGAUUUCCCUUCCUUCACGCUCCGCCAGGCACAUCAUCUUCAUUUGGUCCCUCAGGAGCACUCAGGUGGGACAGACGAAGGACAGGAACAAUUCCACCUCGUUGCGGACAAUAAGCUUCUUUGGGUGGAUGUCGUCCGGUAGAGCCAAGCUGGAGGUCAUUUCCCAUGCAUCCACAAAGGCCACUUGGAGACCAUCAAAGGCAGCUCGGAGGAACCUGUUCACCUGGAUUGUGAGCCAGUCACUGCCAUACACGGAUUUGUAGCCAGUAUUGGCCAGUUUGAUAACCACCAGAGUACUGGGUUCCCUGUCCAGCAGGGCUUUCACAGCUUCCCGAAUCCCUGCCAGUCUUCGAGCAAAGAUGGAUGGGGGGAAGGUGGUGAAGUGGGCUCCCAUGCCGAGCACCACCACCGUGUAGGGACCCCCGGCCAGGCCAUGCAGAACUCUGGCCACAGAGUGCAAGGAGGCCACUGGAGUGCGGCGAGAGCGCAGCGGCCAGCUGUGGGCCCUCCAGUGCAACACUGUCCCCCGAGUUGUGUCCACAGCCAUCAGGGGCCCCGCCUGGUAUUGGACGUGUAGGUCAACCGGCUUCAGAGCUGUUGAGAGGAGGAGAAAGAAAAUAUUGACAUAGGGGAUCAGGAAGAAAAUAGAGGGGGAAGAAAAUAUUAACAUAGGGGAUCAGGAAGAUGCCUUGAGUAUAAACCCCUAAGAUUCAUAGGGUGGGAGGAGGGAAACAGCUCUUGUACAUUGUCCUAGGAUCUCCUCACACACAUGGUAGCAAGUGAUUUUUCAUAUAGACAUUAAAUAAAUAAAUAAAUCUAAUGAAAAUUUAA